AUGGCGCGUCCACCUCAAAACAAGCAUCCAGCAGCAACAUCUACUGAGCUGCCCACUCUACACUUGACCCCAUCCAUCACGCGGUCAGCCACGUCAUACUCCACGCCUCGUCAAAAUGACCCCCAAGUGUCGAGUUUUGGCAAUGCCACCGAUGCCACCGAUGCCACAAAUGACCAAAUCCGCGACUACCACCACCAAAUCAAAGCAACUCUCACAAACAUCCUCAAUGACGACCGAGUGAAGCAUGAUCCCAGUGGCAGCCGCUGUGUGCAGAAGAUACUGUUAGAAAAUGAGCAAGAUAUGCGGAAACAACGGAGACAUUCGCUCGGUACAUGUGAUGCUAAGUAG